UUCACAUAUCCUUCUCCGGACUGUCAGUAACUUGAAGCGUCUAUAGGAAUGUAUUGAAAAAAUGCUGCUCUCUGCUCGUCGGUCUGUAUCCUUUCCAUCGUGGUACCGAUGCCACAAGAGGACAUUCUCCAUCAAGCAAAACGGCCUGACAGGACUCGUUGAUAUCCACCCUGAAGUACGCGAUGCUCUCGCCAACCAUAAGCCAGUGGUAGCUCUCGAGACCACCAUUGUCACACAUGGAAUGCCGUACCCUGUCAACCUGAAGACCGCGAGAUCGGUGGAGAACAUUGUUCGCAGCACAGGAGCAGUCCCUGCAACCAUUGGCAUUAUCGAAGGCCAAGUGAAAAUCGGUCUUGAGCCGCACGAGUUGGAGCGGCUGGCCGAUGUAUCGAAGAACUCCUCUGUUGUGAAGGUGUCUCGUCGCGACAUUGGACCUGUGAUAGCAUUUAAACGGGAUGGAGGCACAACUUGCAGUGCUACGUUGAUUUUUGCUGCAUUAGCUGGGAUCAAGGUAUUCGCAACUGGAGGUCUAGGGGGUGUACAUCGAGGCGGAGAGAACUCCAUGGAUGUCUCUGCAGAUCUUCAUGAGCUGACGCGGUGUCCUGUUGGGCUUGUCUCAGCCGGAGUGAAAUCAAUCUUGGACAUCGGAAGAACACUUGAGUACCUGGAAACCCUUGGCGUCCCCGUUGUGUCGUAUGCCGAGACAAACGAUUUCCCUGCGUUUUACACGAGAAAGAGUGGAUUCAAGAGUCCUUGGAGAGUUGACGACCCUGUGACUGCGGCACGUAUCCUCUAUUACCAGCAAGAGUUGGAAAUGAAGAAUGGUGUACUGUUCGGUGUCCCAAUACCGGAGCAGUACGAAACCAUUGGCGAGAAACUUCAAGAAUCCGUAGAGCAAGCUCUCAAAGAAGCGGAUGAAAACGGUGUGAACAAACUAGGGAAGGAGGCAACACCGUGGCUUUUGAAACGCGUCGGAGAGUUGACUGCGGGCAGAUCACUGGCAAGCAAUGUAGCACUCAUUGAGAAUACGGCACAUGUCGGUGGCCAGAUUGCUGCGGCAUACUCUCAUCUGGCGAAUGGAGAGAACAAGCCACAUCACGCGCAUGUUGCGUUGCCAUCAGCUGGUCCAGUAUCGCGUACCGAACCUGAGCAGUCCGAUUCGUCUCUUGUGAAAGAAUCGUCGGUGCCUCCAGCGAAAUUGGUCAUCAUCGGAUCCGCUGCGGUCGAUGUCACUGCUCAGGCCGACGGCUCCAGCGUUACCGAUCCAUCCGUGGGGCUGCAUAGCACCGUUCCUGGGACUGUCUCCCUUUCUCUCGGAGGAGUAGGACGUAACGUCGCAGAGGCUGCCUAUCGUACCCUAUCAUCGCGCUCUGAAGACGGAUCCGCUGCCACCCUUCUAAUCUCUUCUGUCGGACAGGACUCAUUUGGCCGUUUGCUCGUCAAUGAGAUGGAACGCAUGGGCAUGCGGACUGAUGGACUUAUAACGCAAGAUUCCGCGCGGUCGGCAAUAUGCAACUUGGUCCUGGAUAGCGCCGGUAGUCUCAUUGGAGGUGUCGCCGAUAUGAAGAUUAUUGACUCUCUUGACAAACAAACGGCUCUACAGGCGCUCCAGAAGCAUCAGCCCACGAUGGUUGCGCUGGAUGGUAAUUUGUCAAAAGAGACACUUGUGGCGUUAGUAACGCAUUGUCAUCGCAACAACAUCGCUGACCAUCCAUACAGUGAACCAACAUCGGUCCCAAAAUCAACGAACAUCUAUCCCGCCAUCGCCGCAACUCUGGGUUCGCCCGGUCGCUUCCUUUCACCAAUCUCUUUCACGGCACCUAAUAUGCUUGAGCUGGCGCAUAUGUACCAAGAAGCCGUCGCAGGACCGUUCGAGCUGACCGCGCAGGAUCAUUGGUGGAAAUCCAUCGAUGACAUGGCGUUAGGAUCUGAGUUCCGCACGGAUUUGGAGCACUUGGCGAGAAUGAAUGCCUGCGAUCAAGACCGAAGCAAGGGCACGUUAGAUUUCCUGAUCAGCAACGGAAUUGCACAAAUGGCCAUCAACCUUUUGCCUUUCUUCCAGCAUCUCGUCAUCAAGUGCGGCGACCGUGGUGUCAUUGUGGUAAUGCGCGCUACGGAGCACGGAGCAACUUCGUGGCUUCAGGAGCGCAGCAAUGUGCGUGGCCGCUAUGUUGUCGCUCGCAACAAAGCAGGAACCGGUGCUAUAGUCUUGAAGCACUACCCUGCCGCUGUGCUACCGAAGGAGAAGAUUGUGAACGUUACCGGGGCUGGCGAUACACUGGUUGGAUCCAUGCUAGCGACAUUGCUGCAGAAGCCACGAGCCUUUGGGGACCCAUCAUCCCUGGAUGAGCUCAUCAUACACGCUCAGCGAGCGGCGGUGCUCACGUUACAGAGUCAAUAUGCGGUAUCACCUGCUUUAUCUACACUUUCUACAAUUCCAUGA